AAAUGCAAAAUAGGUGGUGUUUCUUACUGUUAAGAGGAAAAAGUAAUACAGAUUUGCAUUAAAUUAAGAUUUCAUAAUUGUGUCUAUUAUGUGUACUUGUGAAUUGCAUUAAGAAAACAACAACACAACGUAAACAAAUAGCAAAAAUGACUGAUUUGGGCGCUGCUGUGCUCGGCUUGGAUGAAAACGAAGCCGAUAUAGCUGAAGAGUUGCAGGACUUUGAAUCGUUUGACACGCGCAGCGAAGCCUCCGAAUCCGGCAAGGAUUCCUUGCCGAGCCUGAGCUCGGUGAGUACAACUCCACCUUUUGUGGAAGCCGGCGACGAAACUGGGAAUGGAAAACGUAAAGCAACGGUCACCGGAAAUGAAAAAAAGGCGAGGCGCAAUGAAAUUACUGCAAAGUUUAAGAGAAUCGAAAAUAAAUCAUGCACAAACAAAAAGAGGACAAAGAGAAACACGACUAGUGGCAAGGAGUCCAGCGCAGAUGGCGGGGCCAGUGAUGCACCAGUAAGCAAUUCCUCUGACGACUCUUCGGACUCAGAUUCGGACACCAAGCGGAGACGCGCUUCGGGGCGCCAUAAGUCGACAUCAUGUUCCAAAAGCUCGUCGCCAUCCGAUCGAGAUAGCAGCUCGCCUGCUACUCCACAUAAGCCCUACGACUACAUGACAAAACUGAAUUAUUUGUUUCGUGACACGCGCUUCUUUCUCAUCAAGUCCAACAACCACGAGAAUGUACAGCUGGCAAAGAACAAAAGCGCAUGGGCAACAUUGCCACAAAACGAUGCAAAUCUCAAUCAGGCCUUCAAAGAAGCGCGUAAUGUUCUGCUCAUUUUCUCGGUCAACGAGAGCGGCAGAUUUGCGGGAUUUGCACGCAUGGCUGCCGCCUCUCGUCGAGACGUGCCACAACUUAAUUGGGUUCUGCCACCAACCAUGUCAGCGAAGGCACUUGGAGGCGUCAUCGAACUGGAUUGGAUUUGUCGUAAGGAUCUAUUUUUUACUGCUACAAUGCAAUUGCACAACGACUGGAAUGAGGGCAAGCCGGUGAAAAUUGGACGCGAUGGCCAAGAGAUUGAGCCCAAAGUUGCGGCCGAACUAUGCCGUUUAUUUCCCCAAGAUGACAUCGAGCUCACGCCCAUAUUGCGCAAAUCGAAGGCUGCAUCGCACAUGAUGCGAGAAAAGGGAUUGCGGGUCAUAUAUAAGCAACCGCCCAGUCGUGUCUCCAGCCACAAUGGACCUAUGCGUCACAGGCGCAAUCAUCAGCCACCGCAUCCGCAUAAUCAACAUCAUAAACAUCGGCCAUAUCAGCCGCAUCAUUACAACAAUAAAGGCCCACCACUUGGAAAGUUUUCCCGCAAACCUUCACCCUAUCGCUCGAAUAGCAACAGCAGCAGUGCAGUCGGUGGAUCUGAUCUUAUGCCACCAUCUUGGGAACGUUACAUGGCCGGCAUGCCUUCGUGGGAACAAGUAGCUGCCGCCAUGGCUACGAAUCAAUUGUUUGCACACAUGCCACCCAGCAUGCCCGCCAGUUUCUACGACCAGCUGCAGCAGCCACCGCCAUCACUGCGUUACUAUGAUGGGCAACCUCCACUUCCCGAUUAUCCGCCACCGCAGCAACUACGUCCGCCGCCACCUAAUUUCGAAAAGGCUCCGACUUAUGAGGACUUUGCCACCUGGAAGAAUGCCGGCUUGCCACUUUCAUCUGGCUUCCCCAUCUACCUGGCGGCAAACGCUAAUAGCAGUGGCAAUGGCAGCAACAAUGGAGCGACGGACAAUCGGCGUUACGACUACAACCGCCGGCGUUAAAGUGCAAUGCAUUGUCCCACCUGCUUCUCGAGUAAGAAAAAGCCGUGUGUGAAUCAAACUGCAAUCUGCAAUGAAAAUUUGUAUAUGUUUUAUUUUUCACUAUACAAUUUUUUUAAGCUAUUUAUAUUCAUAAUUUUUCUCGCAGUGCUAUAUUAAUAUAUAGUACUUAUAAUAAUAAUGAUAGUUUUACACAAAGAUGUAUUUCGACAUUUCCAGGCUUUCAAACGGCAGGCAAUAGUUUUUUUGAUUACUUCCAAUUACUCUGCAAGUUCUUGUUGCAGGUGGCACGCAGCUGCAUCUCGUAAAACCUCCUUUAAAAACCCAGAACAGUUUUAAUUUCGAAAGUGCAAAAGAGUUGUGGAUGCAUGAUUGUACCCCCAAUAUUGUAUUGCACAAAAGUAAUGCAGUGGGGAAUACUAAUCAGUAUAUACAAUGCAUGUAUUUUGUGUGCUGUCCGAGUGAAACGUCGAUGACAUUUCGAAUAUUUCACAAAUGCUACAUGCGGGCUCGAGUCAAAUAAACUAACGAUAUGAAACAUCUUUAUUCCAUAAA